UCCAUUUCUUCUUUGCAAAAAGCUUUAAACAAAGAAGAAAUCUAAAAAAAAAACACUCAAAUGGCUUAUUUAUGUUCAGAAAAUUUCAUUUUCUUUAUCAUUUCAAUCUUCAGUUCCAUAUGUUUUUCCUCUUCUACUCCUUUCAUACUAUUGCAUGGACUAGGACAGUCUUGCAACGAUGCAGGAAGUACAUUUUACACGUCACAACUCAGUCUCUUGUCGAGAUCUAAUGGUUACUGUUUAGAAAUUGGAAAUGGAGCGUAUAAUUCCUACAAUAUGCCUCUAGAAAAUCAGGUUCAAAUUGCUUGUGAAAAGGUGAAGGAAAUGAAGGAACUUCAACAAGGUUACAACUUAGUUGGUCUCUCACAGGGGAAUAUGGUAGCCAGAGGGCUUACUGAGUUCUGUGAUGGAGCACCUCUAGUCAAGAAUUUUAUCUCAAUUGGUGGACCUAAUGCUGGCGUUGCUUCUGCUCCUAUCUGUGCUGGUGGGCCUUGGUGUGCUGGAGCUGGUGGUGUCUCUGGAAUUGGAAUAUAUUCUGACUAUGUUCAAACUCAUUAUGCUCCUAGUGGCUAUACCAAGCUUCCAAAUGAUAUUGCUGGAUAUUUAAGAGGUUGUAGAUUUUUGCCAAAGCUUAAUAAUGAAAUUCCUAAUGCAACUAAUCCAAUUUAUAAGCAACGUUUCACUAGCUUGCAGAACCUUGUCCUUAUCAUGUUUGAAAAUGAUGAUGUUAUAACUCCAAGAGAAAGUUCUUGGUUUGGCUUUUAUCAAGAUGGAACCUACUCUCAAAUUUUGCCACCACAACAGACUAAUCUUUAUCUAGAGGAUACGUUUGGAUUACAAACAUUGGAUAAAGCUGGAAAAGUGAAGUUCAUAAAGUUACCAGGAUAUCACCUUGGAAUGGAUAUUCAAGAAAUGCAACAAUAUGUUGUCCCAUAUUUGAUUGAUGGAGCACAAAAGAAUAAAGCUGAUGCUCAAGUGGUCCAUUGAUUAAAAAAAUGGUUCUUGUUAUGGACAAUGGAGGAAAAAAAAUUACUACUACUAAUUAUAAGCGUCUUUAAGUAACCUCAGUAGUUUUGGUAAUUUGGGGUUUAGAAUAUAUUAAUCUCAUGGCGUUUUUGUUAGAUAUGAAGAUUGGUAGAGUGAUUAUUAUUAAUGUAAUAGCAAGUCAAGGACUAGUUAAUAACAAGUUGAUUGUUCCCUUUUGGUAUUGAAA